CGUAUUUCAUCAGGGUUCCUACGCACGGAGUGCGGAGUUCGUGUUGAGUGUUGGAUGUGUUGUACCAGAGCAAGGGUGCGACGAUUCUGCCUGCUUUGACUUCCACCUGAACCAAGCUUACACUUUAGCAGAAUACAUAGGAAUAAUCUCACCGUUAGGAUUGUUUUAGUGCACUUCCGAAAGUAAGGAUUAUCUGCCUGCCACAAUGUUCAAGAAAAAAACCAAGAACAGCGUGACCAUUACGCAGAAAAAAACGGCCAGCACCGAGCUCUCCGCUCUGAUUGAGAAGCUGCAGAAGAAUGCUGACAAGGUGGAGAAGAACAUCUACGACACCGAGCAGAACCUGACCAAAGAUGUGAAUAAGAUCAAUGAGGGGAAGGCGCCCCUGUAUCAGGAAGAAACCAACAAGAAGAUCCUCAACUCUCUGGAGCUUCUGAGGGGGCUGGAGGAGGAUGCUGUAAACGCCACUCGCCUUCAGCACCCUCAGGCUGAGAUGAUUGAGCAAGAUAUGAAGCAGCUCCGCUCUCGAGUGAUGAAACUCCGUGAUGAGCACGACAAGAUUUACAACAUAACGCGCUCCGAAGGCCUCCCCAGCAUCAACUGGGGCAACAUCAUCGACGAGAAGCAGUCAGCCCUCAACAACAAACCAUAUGGGGAAGACUUGCCCACGGUUGAAACUGAGGUGGAGGCACACAACCUUUUCCACAGUGAAGUGGAGGCUCUGGCACCUCACAUAGCAGACAGUGACAAGGACUACGGCGGUACCAUGUCAACGAAGUACAAGAAACUCCUGGCCAACUCCGGAAAGAGGCAGAAGGACCUGCACAGCCUGAGGGACUUCAUGCAGCGCUGCACCAAUGAGCUCUACUGGAUGGACCAACAAGGCCGCGAGCGCAUGGGCUACGACUGGAGUGACGCCAACCGGGAUUACCCUACUCGCCAGCGGCAGUACGAGAGCUUCAUCACCAAAAGUCUGGAGGCCAAAGAGGAAACCAUCACCAAGCUGAAUGAGGAUGCGGACAAGCUGUUGCAGGCAAACCAUCCCGGGACAAACGUCAUUAAGGCCCACAUGGAAGCAGUACAUGCCGACUGGAAGGAGUAUCUGAAUCUGCUUAUAUGUGAGGAAAACCAUAUCAAGCACAUGGAAGAAUACCACAAAUUUCAAAAGGAGGCCAGAGACACCCAGGACCUGCUGAAGAGACUGGACACUGAGAUCACCCAGAAGUACAAUCCUGAUUUUAAAGACAUGUAUCAGAUGGAGGGACUGAUCGCUGACCUGGAUGACCAGGCGAAGGCUAUGGAUCACUACGAUGCACGUGUGAAGGCCCUGCAGAUGCGAAGCCAGCAGGUCAUGCCUCUGAAGUUCCGCAGAGAGCCACCCAACAGAUUGCUUCCGGUGGAGGCUCUGUGUGACUACGAUGCAGACGGGGGACAGAUCCUCCGUGGAGAGAAGUACACCCUUCUCAAAAACAACGGGGACAAAUGGGACAUCAAAGAUGCCAGAGGGAGUCGAGUGACCGCCCCUGGAGUCUGCUUCUUCAUCCCCCCGACUGAUCCUGAGGCUGUCGCCAUUUCUGAAAACCUUGCUAACCAGCAGAAAACCAUCAAGCAGAAAACCACUAACAGCAAAGGCAACCUGCUGAAACGGCUGGAGAACCUCAGGGCAGCAAGCAGUGGGGAUGAUAAGCAGGAUCAGCAGUGUCGUCAGCUGAUGGCGGGUCUGGAGAAAGUGACCAAUGACCUGAACAAGCAGGAAAAGGCCAUCUACGCUCGAAUGCGCCCCCCACUGGAGCAGAACCGCAUGCUCCAAGAUAGCGAGGACAGGCUCGAAGAGCUGAAGGACAUUGAAGCUGUUGUUCGGAAAAUCGAGCCGGAGAAAGCUUCCAAAGUCCGUGAGGCUGAGACCUUCUUGGCCACAAACCCAAAUUCUGCCAACGCCCCUCAGCUCUACAGCAAAGUGGAUGCAGCCAACAAGAAAUGCGACAAGGUCAACCAGCUCCUGAAGUUCUCAACGGACAAGCUUCAGGCUUCCAACCAGCUGGAGAACUCUCUGCAGAAUGGGAAGGCUUUGCUGACCACCUACGAGAAUAAACUGGCCAGGGAAGCAGCUGCUCCGUCUGACCCCGCCUCAAUGGAUAGCGCACUGCAGGAAUUGGCUGCUAUGUCUUCAGACUUGAGACAGAACAAGCCAGUGUUCACUGAGCCUGAGCGGAACCUCCGGACAGCGCAGGUCAGCUGCCAGAAUAUGGCCAACAAGCUGCAGGAGCACUGUCCCGACAUUGACAGACAGGAAGCCGAGGUCCGGAAGCUCAACCAGCGCUACGACAACCUUGAGAAUCAAAUCGACAGCAGGUCUGAAAGUCUUCAAAGAGCCAAGUCUGCCUAUAAUAACUAUCGGAAUGAUUAUGACAAUCUGAAUAGCUGGCUUUCUCGAGUACCUAAUUAUGAGCCACGGGUAACUGAUGAUGCCAGACAAGCGGAAGCAAAGUUGAAAAACCAAAGAAACCUGUUGUCUGAGCUUGCAAGAAAGGAGUCUGAUUUAAAAAGUGUGUCAAGAAAUUCUCAACUCUACCAGAAAGCAGUCAAGGAUUAUGAAACAGACACUGAGACGUUUAAGUCGAUCCUUGAUCUUGAAGACGGCCUUGUUCCACAUACAUACAAACGAAGCAGGCAGGAGUCCCCGGCAAUGAAAGUAAAAAAUGAGGAAUCUGCAAUUGAAUCUAAGUUUGCUGAAGUAAAUGCUAUAAACAAGCAAAGACUUCAGAACCUUGAAUAUGCACAAAGUGUUCUAAAUCAGCAACCAGAGACGGCAAUUGUACAGCAGAAUGUUCAAUCUGUCAGAUCUGCAGCACCAGGGGAGGAGCCCUGGAGGAUUCAAAAGCAGCUUGACGAGGAGACCCAGCGGCGAGAGCAACUUGAGAGAGAAAUCCAGAGCAUCCAGAAUGACAUUUACAUACUGGAAGGCCAGAAACCACAGGACACUAUGGUCAAGAAGGAGCUGGUCAAGAGGGUUCCCGACCCACAGCUUGAUGAGGAGAUCCACAAAGUCCAAAAGAAACUUGCUGAGGAGCAGAGAUCAACUUGGACCCUUGAGAGUGAACUAGAGACACUCAAGUAUAAACUACGCGGGAUAGAGACAGAAAAACGGGAGGAUGCACAGCAGUACACAGUAAAGGAGGUGCUCCGCAUCGAGAAAGACAGGGAGCAAGAGGAGGAGGUGAGAAGGCUGAAGGAUGAACUGGAGGAGCUCCGAAGGCAGAGGACGGUCAGAGACACUGAAAUCGUUCAAAUUAAGAAGCACGUCACCCUUCUGGCAGAGCAGAAAGCCGUGGAGCAAGAAGUGAUCAAAGAGGAAGAGUUCAUCACAGUGCAAAAUGACCCAAAGCUUGAGAGCGAGUAUCGCCUCCUGCAGGAGAGGAAACAGAAAGAUAUCGACACCCGCAUAGAACUUGAGGAUGAACUCAGAUUUCUGCUGGAAAAGCUGAAGCGACUGCAGAAGGAGAAAGCUAUGGCUGAGGAGAAGAUCUCCAUCAAAGAGGUAGUGAAGAUGGAAAAAGACAUCACUUUACAUAGGGAAGUGGACAGCCUCAGGCGUCUGAACGAAGAUGAAAAGACAAAACGUCGGUCCUCUCAAAGAGAAAGAACAGAUCUUCAAAGGAAGAUCCAAUUCCUAGAGGAAGAUAAAUCCAGGGUUAUUGUCCAGGAGAAAGUGCGAGAGAUUGUUCGACCUGAUCCAAAGGCUGAAAAUGAAGUGGCUAAUCUUCGCUUUGAACUGGUUGAACAACAGCGAGCAUACAAGGAGACAGAGCUCCAGCUAAAAUCCGUCCAAGAUGAACUGAGGAUGUUAAAGAACAGGGGUCCUCAGAUUGAGUACAAGGAAAUCAUCAAAGAGGUCAUCAAAUACAAGAUGGACCCACAGACCGAAAGAGAGCUGGAACAACUCAGGAAUGACAUUGUUGACAGAACCCAUGAAACGGAGAGGUGUCACUUGGAAAUAAGGCAGCUGAACGAUGAGAUUCAGCGAUGGAAGGACACCAAGCCUCAGGUGCAAACUAAAGAGGUUGUGAAUGAGGUUCUUCAGUAUCGUGAAGACCCCAAGACCAAGGAGGAGGUGGAGGUGCUCAAGAGAAAACUUGCUGAUGAGCAGAAGAAGCGUUUGGACCUUGAGAGGGAGAGAUCUGGGAAUGAAGAGAAGAUCCGUCUGAGGAAGAUUGACCUUUCACAAGUGAGGGAGAAAUAUGUCCAGCAGGAGGUUGUGAAAAUGGAGGAAGACCCUCUUUUAAAAUCUGAAUGUGAAAUCUUCUCCAAGAAUAUCAACAAUGAGCACAGACAGAAGGAGAACUUCAAGGAUGAGAUCCAAAGGCUCCAGCGCCAAUUAGCUGACCUGGAACUUCAGCUGCAGGAUCUGGAGCGGGAGCGCAGGGCCCGGCGGGAUGCAGAGAUGGAAAUCCAGAGACUGAGAAUUCGCCUCAAUGAGCUGGAAAUCAGGGAUAAGGAGAACAGGGAGAAGGUGACAGUGAAACAAAAGGUGGUCCUUCAGCAGGAUCCCCAACAGGAAAAGGAACACUCCAUUCUCAAGGUGCAGGUAGAAGAGGAGCGGCACAAGCGCAUGUUGCUGGAGAAGGAGCUCAACAGCCUAGUGCAGCAGCAGGUGACCUUGGAGAGGGUGGAGGUGAGGGAAAAGGUGGUCCGGUCCGAGAAGGUUCAAGUGGAGAAGGAUCCCGAGGCAGAGCAGGAGAUCAUAAGACUGAGGAGGAGCCUGGACGAGGAGAAGCUGAGGCAGCGUGACUUGGAGCAGCAGCUUAGCAAGCUCAACUCCAAGAUGUCCGAGAUGGACUUCAGUAACACCAAGUCAUCCAAAGAGCUGGACUUCUUGCAGGAGGAGAACAACAGGCUGCAGCUGGAGGUCCAGCGCUUGCAGAAAGAGAUCAAAAGAGUGCAGUCCGACAUCCAGAUAACUGUGAAGGAGACUAAGAACAUCACGGAGUCUACUCAAGUCGACAGCGGUGGAGGAAAGAACCUCGAGCUGCGGCUGACUUCCCUCCAGAGGGAGCUGUCCGACCUGAAGAAUGUCACCAGGGAGAAAGACAGGGAAAUCGAGAAACUGCAGAAGAACCUGUCUGCCGCACAGAAGAAGGGCGAGCAGCGUGAGAGCCACAUGCGCCGCUCCAUUGUCGUCAUCGACCCCGACACGGGCAAGGAGAUGAAGCCCGAGGAGGCGUACAAGCUAGGACUCAUCGACUGGAAAAUGUACGUCAACCUUCAGAGCCAAGAGUGCAACUGGGAGGAGACCACCAUCACAGGAUCCAAGGGCGAGUCGAUGGUCCUCGUUGACCGAAAAUCUGGGACGAAGUUCUCGGUUGAAGAUGCCCUGAGGUCAGGUUACAUCACACGGCGUCAGCUGCAACAGUACCAAAACAAGGAACUAAGUAUCCAAGAGUUUGGCUUAAUGGUGUCUGGCAGAAACAAAUAAUAAUCAGUCUUUUUUGCCCUGAAUUAACUCAAUGUGAUUCAAGAAUUCUUCAUAUGUUUCUGUAUACAUUGUUUAGUUUAGUGCAUUAUUUUGCAACUCAGUUUUUCAGGUAAUUACACAAGUUAAAUUUAUUAACAUGGGGUGUGGUCUAAUAAAUUUGAAACCUGUUCCUUUUUUCUCACAAAAGAUUAUGAACUCCAUACCUUCUCUAUAUUUUCGUAUUAUAUGGAACUCUUGGUUUCCUGGAAAGCUAAAACGUGUACUUUCAUUAUUGCAAAUGUGGGAAUUUUCCUGUACUUUCUCAACAUGUUCUGUGUAAUAUAUAAGAAUGCACUUCUAAUAAGAAUCAUUUUAAUAAAUGUCUCUGAGAUAAAAA